AUGUCCAAACUCGCACUCUUCGUUCUUCUUGCUGCGGUUGCGGUAGUUUCCGCCAGAGAUAAGGCUCAUAUCACCGGGAAAUUCUACUGCUCGGCAAGGUCACAGCAUCAAUGGAUCCCCAGCAGCACGCAUUUAAAGUUCUGGGAUAAGGGACGGAUCUUUGACAACAUUGUUAAGUACGUUACUUUUUCAAUAUCUAGCUUACAAUGGAAGUAUUCCUUUGUACUUGCGGCGCUCAGAUUUUCUUUAAAUUUUUCACACAUGUCGAGCAUGAACCAAGUAUCAAUUCUUGAAAGUUUUAGCUCGCGCUUUGCAAGCGCCGCCGAGAUAUUGAACUAUCUUUGCCGCCGAGAGAGUACACUAAACGCGGAGAGCGGUCAGAGAAAAACACUUUUUUGGCCAUAACUUUGCCAGUUUCGAACGGCAAAAAAUGAUUUUUUGUGGAAACAUUACCCUCAAUGGCAGAAAUAAGCAUGAAAAUUUUGGUGCUGAAAUUUGGCAAAAGGUCUCAAAUUUUCGCCGACUUUCGAUCUAUAAAUCUCCGUUGUUUCUGCAAAGCGCAAGCUAGGAUUCUCUCAUAUAUUUUAGAAAAAAUUAUUCUAAAUUUGUCCCCAAGUUUCAUCAAAAUCUGAGCGUCGCAAUUGGGGCAUUUCCCUUGUUAGCUUGGCUCAUACAACUUUUCUAAAAAUCAUCAUUUAAUUUCGCUUUUUUUCAGAGAGUUCAACCUUGACGACAAAAACCAAACAAUUGAUACCUGGAUUUCCAAUGGAAUUUACGGACUAAACCCUUAUCUGACCAUUACUCACUACUGUAACGUCAACAACGACCAAAUCAAUUAUGUUGAGAAGCUGAAGUUGGGCGAAAAUUAUCUCGGAAACUAUGAUUUGGCUAGAGCUCAUAAUUAA